CCUGUCAGCUGGACUGUCAGUGUCAGUGUCAAUCUUAAAUUUAUAAUUGUGUUUUGCAUUGUUUUGUAUUUGUUUGUUAUUCCUAUUUCCACAUUUAAAUUAUUGUUUAUUGUUGUUUACUAUUUAAAAACUAACUACGCAGGAAACUCCUCCAUUAAUUUUGUAUAUUGGUGUAAUGUAACCUUAAAAUUUCAAAGAUGACCGUUCACUGGAGUUCGGAGAUUAUGAAAUGGGAGUAUAGGGAGUUGCAGGCUACGGCUAUGUCGGUGGAUUACUCGGGGAACAACGUACUACUGGCAGGUCGUAGGUGGCUCGCAAUAAAACACAUUGGGCUUGACGACGUUCCCACUGAAAUCGUGAAAAAGUACCCGCGGCACAGCAAAUACGACGCAGCUGGCGCUGAGUGGUGUCAGACGUACCCUGGACAAAAGCUUUGUGCAAUAGCCAGCAAUCAACAUGUUGAUGUGUAUGAAUGGAGAGCCGGCAAUGACUUGAUGUGCAUUUGCUCCCUCCGCGGUCAUACCAGAGUAGUGAGCGAUACACACUUCCAUAGACAAGAUCACAACUUGAUAGCAACAUGUUCCAUAGACACAUUCACCUACUUGUGGGAUUUGAGGGAUACCAGGAAACCAGUGGUUUCAUUAUCUGCUGUAGCUGGAGCAUCCCAGGUACAAUGGAACAAAGUAGCAUCCAAUUUAGUUGCCACAGCACAUGACGGUGAUAUAAAAAUAUGGGAUUACAGGAAAAAUUCUUCCCCCCUCCACUACAUUUCUGCACACUUAUGUAAAAUACAUGGUGUUGACUGGAGUCCGCACCAUGAGUAUCAGUUAGUUACAUCUAGUCACGACGGAAGUAUUAAAUACUUUGACAUACAUAGUGCAAGACGGCCAGAGAAUAUCAUUAUGACAAACUUUCCUGUGUGGAGAGCGAUCUAUACACCGUUCGGUAGUGGACUACUCACUAUUGGAGUGGGUUGGGGAGGACUACCCAGGGUUGAACAAGCUGGUGUGAUAGGCAUUUGGAUUGGUGGAGCCUUAACACAUAGAUUAGUGGGGCACACUGAUACAGUUCAGACUAUGGUAUGGAGACCAAACACACUGCCAUCUAAUUAUCAACUGGUGACUUGGGGAAGGGAUCAGACACUUAGGCUGUGGACUAUGCAUCCGUCUUUACUUAAAAUGUGUUCACACUAUUUACCUGAUGACUCAGAAAAUGAUGACAAUAAUAGUGAUACUAGUUAUGCAUCAACUGUAAGUUCAACAAAUGAUCUUUCAGUGAGUGAUUCAAAAGGACAAGACAUUCAAAUGAAUAAAAUAGUGCACAAAACAACUACCUCAAUAGAUGAAGAGUUUGAAUCUAUUCGUGAAAUGGCAAACAUUGAGGUGACUGACAUGAAUAUAGAGACCAGAACUUGUCAGAUACAUUCAGAACGCAACGGUUACACUGCCAACCUUCAAGUGACCUUUCCGAGAAAUGUUACAGAACAAACUAUACCCAAGUUUUCUUGGUUGUCUGGUACUAACGUAGAUGGCGCUACUACCAUUAAAAUUUUACAAGCUAUUAACAGAACAGCUAAUCGCAAGAAGAAAGAAGGACACAGAUGUCUGUUACAUUGUUUAAAGACAUUGGCGACAUCUAUAGAUGAGAUACCAGUAAAAUCCAGUGACGAUUCAGAUUCGAUGAAAUCAAGCCAACGAAGUCAAUCAGAGAGCGAAAACGCGGGCGAUUCCUGCAUACCAUUCCCAAGAACUUGCGGCGCUAAAUGGUGUGGGGUCAGCACGUUGGUAGUAUUCAACCGGCCCACAAACGCAAGACGAUUGUCCUUGAAACAUGAGACGGGAACACCGAGGUCAAUGUCAUCAUUGUCUCUGACGCCAGCGCUGUUUGGGACGGGCUAUACUUCUGUGUCGCCGCACGCCACUACUACGCCGUCCCCUACUAAUGCUUCUGGGUUUCCUCAACUAUUGCACAGGCAUCCGUCGAAUUCUAUCACCACUUUCUACUUUCAGGAUCGAUGGAAAGCCCAGAGCCGUCGCGCGGGCAGCAUGCGCAGUCGCGGCAGCAUAUCGGGCUGCACUCCGCCGCGCGUGGUGCUGUACGCCACGUCGAGCCUCUUCCCGCUCAACAGAAGCCUGGCCGAGAAGUACUAUAUCAACGCUGAUAACCCCGUCGACAUGUGCGAGAGAAACGCAAAAGUGGCAUCGGACGAGGGCGAGGGCGAGCUGUCGCACGCGUGGGGGCUGGCUGCGCUGGUGGCGCGCUCGCUGGCGGCGCGACCCGUCGACCACUUCAUAUCCGGCGAGGAGAGCAUGGGCUGGACCGGCCACCCUCUGUGCUGUAACCUCGUACAGGCCUUAAUAUCACACUACGCAAAGUCGUCGGACCUGCAAAUGGCGGCCAUGUUGACUUGCGCCUUCUCAGCGUUCAACGACACGAGCAACUCCAGCUCUCAGUCCAUCAUCAGCACUUCUAGCUGUGGCAACGGGAACAACACAUCACCAUACAACACAAUAACACAAUACAGCGAGAUCAGCGCCGACGGCUGGACGCUGCCCAUACUGCGUAGCAACUCGUGCUCCGAAGCUGAGAAUCUCAACACCGAGUACAGCGCGACCAAGUCGGAGCCUUCCGCCGCGUGCGUCGUUGACGACGCGACUGUGCACCUCUACCAUUGCUUCAAACGAGCCUACGCGGACGUGCUGCAUCGGUGGCAACUCUUGUAUAAAAGGACCGAGGUAAUGAAACUAGUCCGCUGCAAGUUCGAGCUGACGUCACCGGGCGACGGCGUGGGCGAGGCGGCGUGGGAGUGCGCGUGGUGCGGGCGCACGGUGCGCGGGCCGGCGUGCGCCGCGUGCCGCCGCCUGGCGCUGCGCUGCGCCGUGUGCGGGCGCGGCGUGCGCGGGCUCGCCGUGGCGUGCGCCCUGUGCUCGCACGCCGCGCACGCGCAGCACAUGCUGGCGUGGUUCGCUCAACACGACACGUGUCCUGCCGGCUGCGGCUGUAAAUGUAUCAUAGAAGGAAACUCUCUGUGGAAAGGAGUCAAAUACGUUUAAGACAAGAAGCAAAGACGGUACUUACUGGCUUUACGAGCGUUAAUGACAAAGAUUUUAUACUAUAGAUAUAUCACUAGCACGUCGAAGCUGAGACGAACAAAGGCGCCUAAUUGUCUUAAUUUAAUUUAGUCGCAUAGUAAACAACGAGUUAUUAAUACUGACUGCAAUGUCAGGAAGUGUAAAAAUUAUAUAUACAUAAAUAUUCAAUGUAAGUAAACACUAAAUUGUGCUCAGUGGAGUAGCAUAAUUCGGAUCACUUUUCGCUGUGAUUUUGUAAGCACGUAACAUAUCUAUAGGAUAAAAUUUCAUUGGUUAAAGAGCGUUUUAUCGCUUCCAUAGCUUAAAAUGUGAUCUUAGAUACCAUAAGAAAUAUUUAUAAUAACAGUUUGUUUUUUUUUUUUAAUAUUUUAUUGAUUAGUUUUAAGUAUAAAGACUGCCGCUUUUAUACAUGUAGAAAGAAUCAGUAAUAAAUGAAAUUACAUUUGAA